UGCUUGCGAGCAGAAGGCUGUCAAUAGAACGCUGGCUUCCCAACGUUCCUUCCGGUCUGCUGGCCCCGCCUCCCACGUGGGAGAAGCAGCUUGGCUGGGCUGAGAGACGAUGGCGGCUGUGGCAAACACUGCUGCAACAUCCAUAGGUCUCCCGCUCCUGGAGCAAGAAGCGCUGGAAGAUCCCGGAGGGUCCAAGCCAGGGAAGGAAUCCAAAAGGCCAGGCAGAAGUCUUCAAUGUGGGAUGAUGAAGGACCUCCUGGGUUGGGCGGCCCCCCAGCAGGUGAAGCAGGAACCGGGGGAGAUCUUGCCGCAGGGCUGGGACGGAUCCCUCCAGGAGCUCCUCAAGGCCACACAGCCCCCUCACCUUGGAUGGGGCAGCCCACAGCUCCUGCUUCCCACACCCUGGGAGGAGAACAGCAAGGGCUUCCCCUUUGAGGGGGUCGCCGACGCUUGGAUGUGGCCCCGAGCGGAAUGGAUGGCCCGGCCUAUGAUGGGGGAGGCUCAGCCAGCUGCCCUCGGCUCGCAGGCAGCAAACCGGGGAGAUGCCAGGAAGUUGAAAGCAGAGAUCCCGAAGCCAAGCCCUGUCAUCAGUGGAGAGGCCCAGCGCCGGCGCUUCCGGCAGUUUUGCUACCUGGAAGCGGACGGCCCGCGAGAGGUUUGCUUCCACCUCCGGGCCCUUUGCCGCCAGUGGCUGGAGCCCGACAGGCUCUCCAAGGAGCAGAUCCUGGAGCUGGUGGUCCUAGAGCAGUUCCUCACCAUCCUUCCCUCGGAGAUCCAAAGCUGUGUCCGGGAACGAGGAGCGGAGGACUGCACUCAGGCAGUGGCUUUGGCAGAGGAGUUCCUGCAGAGGCAACAAGAGCCCACACAGUGGGAACCGCAGGUGCCCAACGGUUUUCAGGAAGCUCUUGGGAAUGCUGCCAAGGCAGAGCAAGGCCCAUCGAACAACAGACAGUGGCAGCUCUACAGAGAAGCCAAGCCGGACAGCGAGGGAGAGGCCAGCUCAUUGGCAGGCGAUGGGUGGGUGAGCGAGGUCGAGGAAGAAAAACCUCAGCUCAAAUGUUCUGAGAAAACAGAACCAUCCGAGGCCUUUGGAGAAACUGCUUUUCUGUGCCAGGAGCAGCUAGAUGCCUUUGAAAAUGAACACAAAGCAGAGAAUGAGCAUGAAGGCCCCUUUGGCGAGGAAGCCUGCCAGAAAGUUGGCCGGAAACAUGGAGAGCAACCUGCCCAAGAAGGGAUCCAGAUGGACCAGAGGAAAAAGGUGUGCCUGGAGUGUGGGAAGGGCUUCAGCCGGAGUUCUGAUCUGCUGAAACACCGGCGGACGCACACGGGAGAGAAGCCGUACCAGUGCCUCCAUUGCGGGAGGAGCUUCAGUGACCGCUCCAACCUGAUUGCACACCGGAGGAUCCACGCCGACAAGAAGCCGUACCAAUGCUUGGACUGCGGCAAGUGCUUUUGCCAGAACUCCUACCUGGUCCGCCACCGGAGGACCCACACCGGCGAGAAGCCGUACAAGUGCUCCUAUUGCGGCAAAGGCUUCAGCGACAGCUCGAACCUGGUGGUGCACAAGCGGACUCACACGGCAAGCGACAAGCCUUACCGGUGCCCGGACUGCGGGAGAAAGUUCGGCGAGGCCUCGCUCCUCAGCCGGCACCAGCGCAUGCACGCCAAAGAGCGGCCGUAUAAUUGCGCGGACUGCGGCAAGACCUUCCGGCACCGCUCGGACCUGGUUCGCCACCGCAGGACCCACACGGGAGAGAAGCCCUUCAAGUGCUUGGACUGUGGCAAGGGCUUCAGCCAGCGAUCCCACUGCAGCACACACGAGCGAAGGCACUCGCGGCAGAAACCGUUCGCACAGUGUUCAGAGAACAGGAAAAGCCCCACUGACCUCGGGUUGCUGGCGAAGGAAGAAGUUGCCGAAACUUCUCAAAAAAUCAUGGCCCAAAAGGACAUGCGGAUGGGGCACAUGUGUCUCCUCCUCCACACAGAGUGGGGUUACCUAUACUCUUCUUCCCUCCAGCUGCUGCUGCUCCAGAAGUCUCCAGAGUGGAUAGUCCUGGUGGAGAAGACCUAUCAUCAUCACCUGGGACUAUGCCGCCACCCAUUGAAGGCCAUGGCCUGCCUUCUUUGGGUCGGGGCCUGUUGGCAGGAAGAGAAGGAGGAAGGGGAGAAGGAGGAAGGACGCAGGAGGAAACCUUCGGCCAUGGCCAAUGGAUGGGGACUUGGCCUCCUCGCCCAGGAGGAAUCCCUCUGCCAGGGCCACGGCUUGGGAACAGGUCUCUGCCCCACACUCUCGGACCCAGCUCUCCAUCUCCGGGGGAAGGACGGCCAGGAACUGCUCCAGGACCAGCCGGUCCAAGAUCUGCCUCUUGCCGUGCCUUUCGGGUUUCAGCCACUGGUGGCAAAGGCGGUGGAGCUGGCUGCACACCUUUCGGGGUCCCUCCGCCUCUUGGUAGCAGAGCUUCCUGAAGUGCUGGCGCUGCAUCUCGGAGAUGCCAAGUUCCUUGCUCAGUUUGGCACCAGUUCAGUGGAUUAUUUCCAACCUGGAAGGGAGUUUGGUCCCGGAGCUAAACUGGGGGCUCGCCACACGAAAGGGAUGCAGAUUGCUUUGGAGCAAGGGCACUUCCUGGACCCCUUGGAAGUGGCCCUGGAGCUCCGCAAAGACAAAGAUGCCCAAAGGCAAGAAGAGGAGGAAGGGAGGAAAGGCAAAACAGAUGGCUCUCUUGAUGGUCAAGCUGGAAGCUGUGGCGAUUCCUGGGCCAAAGACAAACCCCGCUCAGAGGUGCAGUGCAAACACUUCAGGGAAUUUGGCUACCAAGAUGCCAAAGGGCCCCGGGAUGUUUGCAGCCAGCUCCACAAACUGUGCCACCAGUGGUUGCAGCCAGAGAAGCACACCAAGAGCCAGAUCCUAGACCUAGUGAUCCUGGAGCAGUUCCUGGCUGUCCUCCCUGCAGAGAUGGAGAGGUGGGUCCGGGAAUGUGGGGCAGAGACCUGCUCCCAGGCGGUGGCUUUGGCUGAAGGCUUCCUCCUGAGCCAAGCAAAGAGCAUCAAGCUGGAGGAGGAACAGGAGCCCCACGCGGAAGGGCUGGCUAAUUUCUCUGAGCAGGUGAAAGAUCCAUCCAUCAUCUCUGAUAAGCUUCUCUUUUGGGGAACAACUCAGGAUGAUGAAGCUCGCAACACAUCACACGUAGAUGAUGUUCCACCCUCUGGGGAAAACGCGCAUCAGGAGAAUGAAGAGACUCUCAUGAACCAAAAGGGGCCAAAAGAGAAAGAAAGAAACCAAACAGAGAGGUGGAGAAAUAAAUCUGUCCAUUCCCAAAGUGAACGCCCAAUCCAGCCAGAAAAACAGAAGGGAAGAAGAAGGAAUGUCUGCCCCGGGUUUGGGAAAAGUUUCAGCCACAGGUCGGACCUUAACUGGAGAGCACACAUCGAUGAGAAACCCUAUAAAUGCCUGGAGUGUGGAAAGAACUUCAGCCAGAUCCCGCACCUCCGUCUCCAUCAGAGGAUCCACACCGGGGAGAAGCCGUACAAGUGUUCGAUCUGUGGGAAGAGCUUCCACCGUAGCUUCAUCCUCACAGCUCACCAGAGGAUGCACAAAGGAGAGAAGCCGUACAGUUGCUCCGAGUGCGGCAAGCGUUUUUACGACCGCUCGCAUCUUAUCAGCCACCAGAGGACUCACACCGGGGAGAAGCCGUACAAGUGCCUGGAAUGUGGCAAGAACUUCAGCCACAAGGUGAACCUCACCUCCCACCAAAGGAUCCACACGGGAGAGAAGCCCUACCACUGCUCGGACUGCGGGAAGAGCUUUUGCGACAAGCAGAACCUUCUCCGACACCAGAGAAUCCACACAGGAGAGAAACCCUACAAAUGCCAGGAGUGCGGGAAGCAUUUCAGGCAGCGGGCGACUCUGACCUCGCACCAGAGAGUCCAUACAGGAGAGAGACCCUACCGGUGCCCCGAAUGCGGAAAGAGCUUUUACAGGAAGGCAGAUCUCAACCGACAUCGGAGAAUCCACACUGGGGGCGAAAGGCCUGUACUUUCGUGGAGUGUCGAAAUGGCUCCGGAUGGUGUGUCUCUCUUGUGCCCCAAAAAGGACUUGUCACAGGACAGUCAGUGUGUAAUACCUGAGAUUAAGCAAGAAGUGAAUUGUUAGAUCAACUGAUUAUGGAUGAAAUACAGUCACCUUCCACAUUUGUUGGGGUUAGAAGCACAAGACCCCUGUGAAAGUGAAUGUAUGUAAAUAAAUGCUAAUUUUCUUUUUUACUUGAGAGAAUCUCUAGGUCUUCCAAAGAAUCAUACAGUUCGAAGAGACCUCAUGUGCCAUCUAGUCCAACCCCUUGCCAAGAAGCAGGAUAAUAAUAAUAAUAAUAAUAAUAAUAAUACUUUAUUUAUACCCCGCCACCAUCUCCCCAAGGGGACUCGGAGCGGCUUACAUGAGGCCAAGCCCAACAACACAUCAGUAAAAACAAAACAGCAAGCAAAUAAAACAGUACAAUUAAUAUAACUCACAUAUAAACAAUAUUUAAACAAUAAAAUUGCAUUCAAAGCACCCCUGACAGAUGGCCAUCCAGCCUCUGUUUAAAAGCCUCCAAAGAAGGAACCUCCACCACAUUCCAGGGUAGAGAGUUCCACUGAUGAACAGCUCUCACAGUCAGAAAGUUCUUCCUCAUGUUCAGAUGGAAUCUCUUUUCCUGUAGGUAAGCCAUUGUUCCAUGUCCUAGUCUCCAGGGAAGCAGAAAACAAGCCUGCUCCCUCCUCUCUAUGACUUCCUCUCACAUCUUGAUCUAUGGACCUGAUUAUGUCUCCUCUCAGCCUUCUCUUCUGCAGGCUAAACAUGCCCAACUCUUUAAGCCGCUCCUCAUAGAGCUUGUUCUCCAGAUCUUUUAUCAAUUUAGUUGCUCUCCUCUGAACACAUUCGGCUUAGAGUCAACAUCUCCCUUCCAUUGCGGGGCCCAGUGUGACUAUGGAUAACUUCUAUCUAAACUUGACCUUAAAAUUAUAUUGUCUAGAGAAAUGUCAUAGCUAGGAAU